UCCAUUUUACCUAGCGACUGAGAACAGGCCGGUUGCUCCUAGUAGAAUCCUUGAAGUGGCCUGUUGUGAGAUUGGAGUGAGACCCCAGUCCUAGGCUGGGGUUCUUUCCAUAUAGAGGAGACGGAUUCAGAAGGGCUCCAGACCAAGAUUGUUGAGAAUCAGGCAUAUGAUGAACGUAUAGAGGUUAACGACCCCGAAGAGGUUGCAAGUAUUUGUACUCCAGCCCCAGGGCAGCAAGGACUUCCUCAUUCUGGCUGUCUUCCUAACAAGACUAUGGCUGAUAACAGCAGUGAUGAGUACGAAGAGGAAAAUAACAAGGUCCUAAGGGAGGGAAUGCCACAGGCUCCAGGCCACAGAGGCAAAGACAUGGACCCCAUCCCAACUGCCCCUGCAAGUCCCAAGCGCCACCAGACCCCUUCUCAUGGACUUGAGAGGGUGGGUUGGUACAUAGACAGCCAGAAGCUCAGAAAGGAGAAAAAGAAGACCUCACAGUUGACACCUCAGCGGGGCUUUAGUGAAAAUGACGAUGAUGAUGAUGAUGACGACUCAUCUGAAACUGAUUCUGAUGAUGAUGAUGAUGAUGAAGAGCAUGGAGCCCCUUUGGAAGGGGCCUAUGAUCCUGCAGAUUAUGAGCAUUUGCCAGUUUCCGCUGAGAUUAAGGAACUCUUCCAGUACAUCAAUAGGUACACACCUCAGUUGAUUGACCUGGACCACAAACUGAAACCUUUCAUUCCUGAUUUUAUCCCAGCUGUCGGGGAUAUCGAUGCAUUCUUAAAGGUACCACGUCCUGAUGGAAAGCCUGACAACCUUGGUUUGUUGGUAUUGGAUGAACCUUCUACAAAGCAGUCAGAUCCUACCGUCCUCUCACUCUGGUUAACAGAGAAUUCCAAGCAGCACAACAUCACACAACAUAUGAAAGUAAAGAGCCUAGAAGAUGCAGAAAAGAAUCCCAAAGCCAUUGACACAUGGAUUGAGAGCAUCUCUGAGUUACACCGUUCUAAGCCCCCUGCGACUGUGCACUACACCAGGCCCAUGCCCGAUAUUGACACAUUAAUGCAGGAGUGGUCCCCAGAGUUUGAAGAACUUUUGGGCAAGGUGAGCUUGCCCACGGCAGAGAUCGACUGUAGCCUGGCUGAGUACAUUGACAUGAUCUGCGCCAUCCUAGACAUCCCUGUCUAUAAGAGUCGGAUUCAGUCCCUCCACCUACUCUUCUCUCUCUACUCGGAAUUCAAGAACUCACAGCAUUUUAAAGCUCUUGCUGAAGGCAAGAAAGCAUUUACUCCUCCGUCCAACUGCAUCUCCCAAGCUGGAGAUGUAGCAGAGACACUAACCUUCAACUAAGGAGAGAGGCCUGUCAGCCACCUGCUCUGCCAGAGAGCACUUCACACAUUUGCUCUGUCUCAAAUUGCCUUCCCAGGAGAGUUACCACUGUGGGGAUUUGAGUUAGAAAAUUGAAUUUCUGAGAUUUCCCCAAAAUAAAAGCUGGGAAUAAAGAUUAAAAGGUGUUCUUUUGGGGCUAGGGAUGAAAUUCUUUCUUUUAUUCUUAAAGGUAGUUGGCAAUGAUUUUACAAAUAAAAUGCU